AUGUCUCUGACAAUGCAGCUCUUGUUCUUUGUCCUGCUUCCCGUGGCCUUUCGCCUUCCUCCUGGGUCUCAGGCUGGUGAGAUCAUCGGGGGCCGGGAAGCCCAGCCCCAUUCCAGACCCUACAUGGCCUAUCUGUCUCUAUGGCGUGGACACAAGAGCUCCUUCUGCGGUGGGUUCCUGGUGUCGGAGAACUUUGUGCUGACGGCCGCUCACUGCAAUGGAGACAUCAUCACUGUCAGGCUGGGAACCCACAACCUUAGGAAUUGGGAAUACAAUGAACAGAGGAUCCCUGUCUGUCGCUCAAUCCCCCACCCGCAAUACAACAAAGUGACCCUUAACAAUGACAUCAUGCUGCUGCAGCUGGGGCACAAAGCACGGCUCAAUGGGUAUGUCAGGCGCAUCCCCUUGCCCCUGCCCCAUCAGCGAAUGCGUCCAGGAACCGUGUGCAGCGUCGCUGGCUGGGGCCGGACUAGUGCACACAAUCAGCUGAGCUCGGACACACUCCGGGAGACGGACGUGGUGGUGAUGCCGGAUGCUGCGUGUCCGAGGGAUCCUGAUGGGAUAUACCGUAACUAUAACGCCUCCACCAUGAUGUGUGUGGGGGACCCAGAAAAGGGCAAAAGUUCUUUCCGGGGUGACUCUGGGGGGCCCCUGGUGUGCCAGGGAAGAGCCCAGGGCAUUGUCUCUUGGGGAUCCGAGGAUGGGACCCCCCCAGCAGUGUACACAAGAGUCUCCACCUACAUCCCCUGGAUACGGGCGACGAUGAGGAGGCUGCAGCCCUGAGCCGUGCUGGGAAUCGCUGCAGGGGCUGGAGCUGCACCGCUCCUGUCCUUUGGGGAGGCCCAGAGGGCUGAGUCCCCCCAGGCUGAUCUCCCCCACCCCAGACAUCGCUCCUCUCAGGCAAUGCCCAACCCAUGAACAUCAAGGCAGGGAGCCUGGGGGAGUUAGGAGCCAUGUUCAAUUCCAACUCCCUCAGCUCCCCUGGCAAUCCCAACCCAGGCCCUUAGGCUGCGUCUUCGCUAGGGAAUCAGCUGAUUUAUUUCCCCUGGGGUAACGGACACUGGCCAAACCCUGGGGCAGACCCGGCAGUUUGUAGCUCUCCCCCAUGUCAGCCGGUCGAGUGACCAUUUAUGGGAGAUCCUCGUCAUUACCUGACCUGCUAACUCCUCUUAAAACUGCAGCCUGCCCUGUCCUCACUGGGCCUUUUCCACAUGUUAUUU